GUCUCAGCCGCACUGUGAAGGGGGCCGUCCCUGUUGGUGGAGAUCAGCCCGAGGAAGGCCCACCUAGUGAUCAUUUGAAGAUAUCUUCCAUUUAGACGAUAGUUUGAGUCGACUGUGCGACAGAAUCAUAAGGGGACAAGUCGAAGGCUUUUUGCAAAUAGUAGCUCGGCCAAGAUGGAUGUGUUUAUGAAAGGUUUGUCUAAAGCAAAAGAGGGGAUGGCUGUGGCUGCAGAGAAGACCAAGGAAGGAGUUGCAGUUGCAGCUGAAAAGACUAAAGAAGGAGUUAUGUUUGUAGGUAGCAAGGCCAAAGACAGCGUGGGCUCAGUGGCUGAGAAGACCACUGGGGCUAUGGGGAACAUCGCUGCUGCCACUGGCCUAGUGAAGAAGGACGAGUUCCCCACUGACAUGAAUCCUGAGGAAUAUGGGCAGGAGGCCAUGGAGGGCCAGGGAGAGGCAAUGCUGGAGCCAGAAGGGGAGACAUAUGAUGAGACCCAGCAGGAGAGCCAGGAUUACGAGCCAGAAGCGUAAAAGCAUCAUUCCAAGCCACCAUCCAACCAGCAGCACAAUAAUAUUUCUAAUAAUAAAAAGGACAAAUGCUGAAACUAUUACAAUUAUACUCCCGUUGCAAAAAACAACAAAAAAGCAUUCCCACUGAAAAAUGUUCUUCCUUCAAGACAAAUCUUUUAUUAUUAUAUAUUGUAAAUGUCAUGUUAUUAAUGUAAUGUGUUGGGUGUAGGUAUUUAUUGAGGUGUAGGAUUUGUCCUCUCAGUCUCAUUUCCUUGAUUCCCUCCCAAUGAAAUGAGACUAGAGCCGGGGCUUGUGACUUUGUACUUGUGUGUAUCUGUAUUUAGAAACGUGCAAUAGAUGUUCAUCAUCUUCCAAUGAGAAAUUGGGAGUUGAAAAAAUUAAUAAUGUCCGGUUGCAAGCAGAUAUGAAUACAAUAAUAUUCCCUUAAGUGUCGACAAUGCCUGUUUGUGGGUUUUUUGUUUUCUUUUUGCAUUUCUUUGGAAAUUUAUUUGAACGUUUUUGAAGUAAGAGUUUUUUACAUUGUAUCUUUAUAGUUGCUUGUGAAAUCAUUCCAGUAAACUAUCUGUUAGAAAUGGACAGAGUAUACAUGUUUGUGUGUGCGUGUGUGUUUGUGUGUACUGAAGAUUUUAACAAAUCAAUAUAUUAUGUCUUGAAAUCAUAAUGGUUGUCAUAUCAAUAUGUGCUUUAAAUUGCAGGACUUGUCAAUAUUAAGGUUUAUGUGUUAAGCCAGACAUACAAAUCCUCUGUAAAUAAAAAGUAAAAAAGAAA